AAUCAUAUUUACGAGUGGUGCAUGGAUCACCGAAUUCAUCACAAAUACACAGAUACAAAUUCAGAUCCACAUAAUGCUAAGAGAGGAUUUUUUUUCUCACACGUUGGGUGGCUUGUUGUUCGUAGACACCCAGAUUACUAUGAUAAAUGCUCAAAAAUUGAUAUGUCAGAUUUAAAAAAAGAUUCCAUAGUUAUGUUUCAAAAAACCUUUUAUGUUCCAUUACUGUUAUUGUUUUGCUUUAUCAUACCAACAAUAGUACCUGUUUAUUUUUGGAACGAAACAUAUGUUAAUUCGUUUUUCACAACAAUGCUGCGUUAUAUUUUCACUUUGAAUAUGACAUGGCUGGUCAACAGUGCCGCCCAYAUAUGGGGUAAACGUCCAUAUGAUGCAUCCAUUAAUCCAUCUGAAAAUYUGUCCGUGUCACUUGGAGCUUUAGGUGAAGGGUGGCAUAAUUACCAUCAUGUGUUCCCAUGGGAUUACAAAGCAGCUGAACUUGGAAAUUACAGAGCAAACUUAACAACUGCAUUUAUAGACUUUUUUUCAUUUAUUGGUUGGGCUUAUGAUAUGAAAGUGGUCUCAAAUGAUAUGGUUUUAAAACGAGCCAAAAGGACUGGAGAUGGUUCACAUCCUAAUGGUGAUGGAAUCUGGGGAUGGGAUGAUUCUAACAUUUCAAUUGAAGAUCGAAAAUUAACUACUGUGAUUAAUAAGAAAGAUGAUUAAAUAAUAAUARUGUUAUCUUUAUACCUUCUGGCGCCUAGCCUUUAUUAUUAUGAAAUGUAAUUGUUUAUUUAAUUGAAUUAAUAAAUAUUAUAUACAUAUAUUU